GUUUGUGGGUGUGUGUCUGGAGGGUGUAUGCGUGCAUAAAUAUAUAAAACCUUUUGUGACUAAUUUAUUUUAAAUUAUAUCAUAUUUUAUUACGCACUUUAUAAGGACGAGACAUUAAUCUGAAGGGGUGACGUUAUUCACCAUGGUUGCAACAAGCACACUGACGAGCAAAAACUCAGAAUGCAUCUCGGAAUUUAUCGACCGGGGAUAUGACCCAUCAUGCAUCGAUAACGAGCUGGACUUUUGGGAGCGAUCCCUGGCUGAGCCAUACCUGAGCGUGGAAGUAUGUGAGGAGCGGGCUUGCCAGCAGCUGGCACGGCUGCUCGAGGGCUGCCUGGCGCGGGCCAAGGCCAGCACGCUACGGUGCGCUCAGGUCCUGGUACCGGAGACGCUGACACGGCGGGUGGCGCGGGACAUGCUGCGACUGGCGGCAAGCGAGCCGUGUGGGCUCCGCGGCUGUGUGCUGGACGUGCGCCUGGAGCUGGAGGAGCAGCAGCGCCGCUGUGAGAGGCUGGAGCGGCUGGUGUGCGACGCCAGUGUGGUGCCCACCUUCGAGCUGACGCUUGUCUUCAAGCAGGACGGGGGUGGCUGGCCCAGUCUGAGGGACUUCCUGCGUAUUGGCACAUGCUUCCCUCCCGGCUUCCGCCGUGCCCUCAAACUCCGGCCUGGCUUUAGACUUGUUAAGAAGAAGCUGUACUCUUCAGCGGCCGGUCCAGUGGUGGAAGAGUGCUGAGCUGAUGGGUGGUGGGGUUUAAAGGCCAGAGCACACUGACCCAGCAAACACUAACGUUCUGGUGUUGGUAGUUGACUUUAGAAUGUUUAGAAAAAGUGAGAAACUAAAUGAACCAGUGUGAAUGGAAGAGAACAUUCUAUAGUCAUGUGAAUGAGGGAAGAAUAUUUCUGUAACCGUGUGAAUGGAUAAACAUUCGAAAAUCUCCUGAGAAUCUCCCAACAAUCUCACAUGGGUGCGAUACACCACCCCAGUGUUUUUGUUGCGUUGGUGUGCUCUGGCUCUAAGGGUACAAUGCACUUCAACACUUCUUGUGAAUGUAAGGGUCUGCCUUUGGAGCAACUCCUUUUUUCCUGCACUUUUUUAUACUGUUAAUGUGAACUAGUUCAGUGUCGAGUACAUGUUAAAUUUGGGGAUGUGUAGCUGAGAUAACAAUGGAAAAUUUGAUAUGGUGAUGGAAGUUUACUUUUUUGUAAAGCAUUACUGCAGUUUCUUUUGAGCAGCUGUGCCUAUAAUUUUGUGCCAUCUCACUUAAAUUGUGUAUUGGGUAUUUCCAGAUUUUUCUAGUAUGCAAUUUUUCUUGUUUACACCCUUCAUUGUUGACCAGUGUUUUUCUUGGUACACAGCAUUAAAACCCAACUUGUAAUAAAACUGUAAAUACCUUUGGUCAUAUGUUACCUUUUUGAAGGGGGCCAUUACUGUCAGUAGAAUGUAUGUCAUAUUUCUGAAUGUACUGUUUCUAUCAUAGUAUUUGCUUCUAAAAACAUACUGCUGAGGGAUAACAUCAGACCCCCUCUGCCAAAUGUGCCACAAUUGUUUAAAA